AUGACAGCCGGAAAAGCUUACCAUGCCGGCGUUUACAGUGAAGAAUUCGAACAUUACGCGGAUUUAAUUUGCUUCAAUCACUUUGGUGACAGAAUAAAACUAUGGGCGACAUUCAACGAACCAAACAUUCAAGUUAUCUUCGUACCACCUGGACAGUGUUCCCAGCCUUUCGGAAAUUGCACACGUGGCGACUCCGAGACCGAACCUUUCAUCGCAGCCCACAACAUUAUCCGCUCGCAUUUUGCGGCUGUCAAUAUCUACCGGACCAAGUAUCAGAGGGAGCAAAAAGGAAAAAUCGGUAUUGUCAUGCACGCGGUUUGGUUUGAAGCGGUCGGUGACUCACCGGUUGAGAGUCAAGCUUUCUUCUUCGCAUGGAUCUUGGACCCUAUUGUGUUCGGAAGAUAUCCGAAAGAAAUGGAAGAAAUUCUUGGAGAAGAUCUGCCCGAAUUCUCCAACGAGGAUCUGAGAAAUCUCGGGAUCGGAUUGGAUUUCGUAGGCAUUAAUCAGUACACGGGCAGAUACGUAAAAGACUGCAUGCAUUCUACAUGCGAACUCGGGAAAGGAUGCUCUAGAGCUGAAGGAUUCGUCUUCAACAACGCUCUAAGAGACGGCUUUCCGACUUGGAGAACCAAUACAUACCUAAAUGUUAAACUUAUGGAUACAAAGAGAGGAGCAGACGUAAGAGGGUAUUUCGCGUGGUCGUUACUAGACAACUUCGAAUGGAUACACGGUUAUACGACCAUGUUCGGUCUCUACCACGUAGAUUUCACUACUCAGAAGAGGACGCCGAGAUUGUCGGCUUAUUGGUUCAAGAACUUCAUCGCCAAUCACAGGGCAAAGACUACUAAAGACUUCAUAUGA